AUGCAGGAAGGAGGUAUUAAUCUCACAUUAAAUGAAGAUGAAAUUAAAAAAAGAAUGAAACUUAAAGAUUUUAGCAUAAAAUUGUUUAAACUUUCAAAUCAUUUUGUUGGCAAGCCAAAUUAUGACAAGUGUGCCAUGUCGGUGAAUGGUGAAAUGCAUAAAGUUAACUUUCAUACUGUUUCAGAAAUGGUAGAAGGCCCUUCAAAUGAUUAUAGCAAAUUUCCACUUAAGUCUAAAAGAAAGAGAGUAUUAUCACGAGUACUUAAAGCUAAUAGGAUGUCUAGAAGAAAAAUUAGAAGGUUUGGUAAUGCAAGGAAGCAAAGGAAAGUGAAUCAGUUAAUUGAAGAAUCUCAAAAUGAUGACAAUACUACAACUUCAGAAAAUAGUGAAAGUAAUAAUUUGUACAAUGAAAUUAAUUGGGAAGAAAACUUAGAUUGUGAUGCAAGUGCUCUGGUUGAUGAAUUCGCCCCUAGAGUUCAACACUCUAUUCCAACUACGUCAAAGUCUGUUGAGGAAGAACCUGGCAGCAGUGAACAAACUGAAUCUGUUCAGGCUUCUGUUUCAGAUAAUACAUUUGUAGAGGGGGAUAUGCUUUUUGUCAAAGAUUUCCACACAUCUGAAUGGAAAUCUGUGAGCAUAGUUGAGGUAGACUGUGAAGAUAAUGAGGUGUUGGUUCACUAUGAAGAUAAGAGUAAGUGUGAUGAGUGGGUUUCCAUGAAUAGCCAAAGAAUAUCCCGGACCGAACCCUCGUUUUCAAGCAAUGAAGAGUUAACUGAUAAAGAAACCAGUGAUAUACCCGAAAUAUUGCCUAUAAAGCAAACAGAGGAAGAUGUAGAAACUGAGUCUUAUCAAGCAGAUGAAGAAAAAAGAUUCAGACAAAGAAAUUGGAGAAAACAUCGGACUGACUCAUCCUAUGCCAAUAUGAAAUCUUAUGGUACAACUAAGUUUGUAAUUGGCGAAAAAGUGCUAGCUAAAUGGUCCGAUCAUCGAAUGCAAAAAUUUCCAGCUGUUAUCAAGACUGUUGUUGGCGAUGGCAGAUAUGAUGUUCUAUUUUAUGAUGGUUUUGAAAAAACAAUAAGUGAAGAUCAUCUAUACAAGACAACUGAAGAGGAAGCUGCAAAGUAUCAAAAGACUAACCCAUCAGAAGCUGAUAUUUUUGUUGAUAUGGAUGCUAAUUCAAAAGAAGCUAGACGUCAGAGGAAAAGAAAGACGUUUGAUGAUUAUGUUUUUGCAAGGGAUGUUAAAAUGACACGAAAAAAAGGUUUCAAGCCUGUUGAAGGUAUAACAAUCAAGAAUAAAUUGAGUUAUUUUAACAAGACCUCUGACAGUAAAGAAAUUGGUGAGCUUACAAAGCCACCUGGACAGUCAUUACAUUCAGGUAGAAAAAUCAGAAGGCGUAGGAAAGCUUUGUUUAGUACUAGAAGGAGUGACAGCUAUAAAUUAAAAUUGUUUCAUACCUCUGAACGCGCUAAAAAUGAAUCGUUGGCUUCUUCUGUUUCGAAUUUAAGUAGUUCUCCUCAAUCUUCUGUUGUUAAGAAUGAUAUGAAUGCUGUUGACUCUUCUGAGCCAGUAGAGAUAUCUGAUGAUCGUUGGAAUGUCGAUUUACCACCUGACUCUGCUCCCUUGACAAUUACUAAAGAAGAUGGUUCUGUGAUGAGGUCUACUUUGGUUCCUGAUAAAAAUUUACCGAAGGGAUGGUAUAAACAUGCAGUAUUGAAGGCAGAAAAUAAAUGGGAAAUAUUUUUGGUUAGCCCUGAUGGUUAUAAGUUAACACAUCUUGAAGAGUUGAAGAGAUAUUUCUCUGAGGUAGUUGAAGAAGAACCACCUUCUUCUCUUGACUUCCUGGCAAAAUUCAGUCUUUUACCCGAUCUUUCUGUACAACAAAAAGAUUUACCUCUAGCUGGACCUCCCAAAGUAUGGUUUCAUCGUAGGAAUAGUCGUGGUAAAAGAGGAGGAAGAGGUAAAUGUAAUACAGCACCGAUAAGAUCGGUUGGAAGGGUACGCACACUUUUACCAAAAUAUAGACAUGAUUCUUCUCCAUCCAUAACACCAGGACCUGAUGGAGAAGUUUGGAAGUGUCUCAAAGAAGGUUGUAAUAAAAAGUUCCGAAAAGAAAACCUUCUCCAGAUGCACAUUAAACAUUACCAUUCUGAAUUAUCAUCGCUGGUUAGAAGUGCUCCGAAUAUGGUUGAUCUUGCGUGUGCUAGAUCUGAAAGUGUCAACUCUGAUUCAAUGAAAAUUCCUCAACAGACCAUUAAAAGAAUAUUACCAAGGACAUUUUCUGGUAGCCCUAGCAAUUCCAGUACUGAGACAAACAGUAUUGAUACAACAGACCAGCCUUCUGCCUCCUUACCGAACUCCCGAAAUAAAGAAAGAGUGGAUAUUCCUUCUUUGAAGAGGCAAAAUGCUGUGGAAGAAAGGAGAACAACGAUUAAAACCAUUUUACCAAUUCGGCAGCCUGAUACGCCUGCUAAAAUGAAUGUAGACUCAGAUGAUAAUGAAAGUGAUGAAGAUUGCUUUGAGCAGAAAAAGAAUGGUUCUAGAAUAUUUAAACCUAGUCGAUUCCGGAGGGGAAAGAUUUCAGGUGUGAGAGGUGAUGAAGAUUCUUUUGAACAAGUAAUGUCACCUACUUUCAGAUUUACUAAGAAAAAGUUAUCCUCUGUUGACAAAUUACAGAUAACCACAGAUAGCAACGAUUCCUAUACUGAAGAAGAAAAAAUUUCUCCUAAUACUGAAGUGAAUGAUGAGGGUGUUGUGAUUGAGAGGUUACGAUCGGAAGAAAUAAUCAACUGCACAUGUGGGUUUAGGGAAGAAGAUGGCCUCAUGAUCCAAUGUGAUAUAUGCAUGUGCUGGCAACAUGGUCUAUGCAGUGGAAUUGAGACAGAAUCCGAUGUUCCUGAAAGAUAUAUAUGUAAUAUUUGUAGAAAUCCGUUCCGAGUUAGGAGUUCGAAGAAAUAUUCAUAUGCUCAACAUUAUCUCACGCAAGGGAAACUACCCUCAUUUAGUUAUAGAGCUCGAAAUGAAGAAACUAUUAAAGAAAGAGAGUCUAUGUUAAAACGCUGCUUUGAAAUAUCGUCUAGUAUUCAUGAAAUAAAAAAUGUUGAAAGAAGUUUAUCAGCGAAACUAAAUAUUGCUGAACAAUCUGACCAUCCCAAGCUAUAUCUUUGGGCUAAAAAUUGGGAUGAAGCUCAUAUUAAAAAUGAGUUCAAGAGAGAAAAUUUUUCAAAUAAUGGAGAUAAUUACGAUACAGGAGUAAAACAACAUUCUGGGCCUCAGCCUGAAGCACCAAUAGAUUUAGAAGAGUGUCGUAUUCGCCUUCUUGAUAAUGUUGAAAACACGUUUUCACAAUUAGAAAAUCGUUUGACAUCGAUACAGGCUCAGAUAGCAGCACUGGAAUCACAAGACCCUGUUUGUAAUUCAGUUUCUGAUAAAGUAAUGAAACAAACCAUUCAAAUGUUAAUCAGGGAUGUUGAAACUAUACAGAAAUUAGCUGCUAUAUCUUAA